AUGGUUAAAACACUGCAAAGGAACCCGGUCUUCGGUCUGUUUCAACAACACAACUGUAUACUUCUUUCUGCUCUGGCUCCAGGCUCCUGCUGCCAUCCUUCUGAGCUUCUAACAUCUGUUUGGGAGACAGCUGGCUGGUCCAACCCCUACAGGCCAAAGCACGGACCAGCAGAUCCACCAAGACUUGGGGAAGAACAUGCUCACUCGCACCACGGAGUUGGCAACAACCGUUUCAUGAAGGAUGGACAAAGGAGCCAGAGAGAUGUUUCCAAAGAGAAUGAAGUGGAAGCAGAGAACAGGACUGUGAAGACCGGAUCUGCAGCAGCUCUCAAAGCGGAAGAGCCGCAGUUCAAAGAGUCGCUGCAGGACCGUAUCGUGUGUGAAGGAACUGAUGCCACUUUUCAAGCUGUUAUCUCGGGAAGUGCUCCUCUGACCGUUUCCUGGACGCACAACAGCAGAAAGGUUCCCUCACGCAACACUUCCUUUCGAAACGGGGUUGCGUCUCUGGUCUUAAACAACUGCUCUUUCGCGCACAAUGGUUCAUACACGUGCACAGCUGAAAACACAGCCGGGAGACGGACGAGCAGCGCUUCUUUACACGUCACAGCUUUGAGGCAAAUCCACACAGGAAGGAACCAUGUGGUGAAGAGUGACAUCAUGCGCAAAGUGGAGGCUCCCAAAAAUAGCCCUAAAACAAAAAAAGAUAAACCAAAAGGUCCUCCUGUGUGUUUUGUGGAGGCUCCUGAGGCCGUGGAGGUGCGCAUCGGGGAGAAGGCUCGACUACGCUGUGAGUUCCAGAGUGUCUCGCUGCCUGUGGCCUGCUGCUGGCUCUACAACAAAGACAAGGUGGUGUUGGGAGGGAAGAGGAUCUCGUUUCGUAGCAGUGACUGUCAAAGCAGUUUGGAGAUCGCUCAGACGUCUCCUGAAGACCAAGGCUGCUACACUAUUGUCGUUCGGAACAGACUGGGGUUGGGGCAUCACAGUAUCACUCUGAGUGUCAUCGACCGACCGGACCCUCCUGCCUCUCACCCAGUGGUGUCAAAGUUGACCUCAGAUUCUUUGGUGCUGUGCUGGACCGGCCCGAGCUACGACGGGGGCACGGCCGUUUUGGGAUACAUCAUCGAAGUUCGACAGGAGCAGUCUGAAAGUUGGACCGAAGUGACCAAGGACUGUAAAAACACCUGUUAUAAGGUGCGAGCGGGGUUGGAGCCACAGGGACAGUAUCGCUUUAGAGUUCGAGCGGUUAACUCUAUAGGAGUCAGCGAACCCAGCCAACAGUCCCACUCCAUCACCAUGGCAACGGAGAAAAAGAAAGAAGAGGUGGUGAAAUAUGUAGACGUCGUCGUGGACACGCAGAACAAAGUGAAGGACCAUUAUGAAGUGCAUGAGAAGCUGGGAGUUGGGAAGUUUGGCCAAGUUCACAGGAUGACCCACAAAGACACUGGUGACAUUUGCGCCGGGAAGUUCUACCGCGGCCGUUCCUCAAAGAACAAAGCCGCCGCCCUGAAGGAAAUCGAACUCAUGAACUACCUGCACCACCCCAAGCUGGUGCAGUGUCUGGCCGCUUACGACACGCGCUCGGAAAUGGUGAUGGUCAUGGAAUACAUCGCAGGUGGAGAGCUCUUCGCACGUAUCGUCGACGACAACUUUGAGCACACGGAGCCGACCUGUGCGCACUACAUGCAUCAGAUAUUGGACGGAAUGCAAUACGUCCACAAGCAGAAUAUUGUUCAUUUGGACCUCAAGCCAGAGAACAUCGUCUGCGUGGGCACGACCGGCACGCACAUCAAGAUUAUAGAUUUUGGGCUGGCCAGUAAACUUGACGAUAAACCUCUCCUGGUGAUGCACGGGACGCCGGAGUUUGUGGCCCCAGAAGUGAUCAACUACGAGCCGGUCAGUCUGCAGACGGACAUGUGGAGCAUUGGAGUCAUUUGCUACAUUCUGCUCAGUGGGGAGUCUCCCUUCCAGGGCAACAACGACGCUGAGACCUUUGCUUUUGUCACUCUGGCUAAAUUCGAGUUUGACGAAGAAAGCUUUGAAGACAUCACAGACGAAGCCAAGGAUUUUAUUUCUGCAUUGCUCAAGAAAGACCAAACAGAAAGACUGUCCUGCUCUGAGGCGUUGACCCACCCCUGGAUGGCUUCUUUUACGCCUCUGCUACGAAGACCGACCAAAUCCCUCAACAAGACAAAAAUGCGGCGCUUCUUGGCCAAACGCAAAUGGCGGAAAGCUGGCAAGGCUGUUCUGGCCCUGAAGCGAAUGGCUAACCUCUCCAACAGGCCGGACUCCCCUGGCAGCUCUUUAGAGGAGCCAAGCUGGAGCCAAGAGGCAGAGGAGGCCAUCCGUUCUUUGGACAAGCAGCUCCAGUGCGAGCCCCGUUUCCACCAGACGCUGAAAGACACGACGCUGCCCAAAGGAGCCACGGCGCAGCUCACGUGCCUCGUCAACGGUUAUCCAGAGCUGCAGGUGAAGUGGCUCCAGAACGAAAAGGAAGUUCUAGAGUCGUCCCGAGUCACGAAGGAAAUAAACGAGGAUGGAGUUUGUACUUUGGUCGUCUCUGAAGUGAAGACGUCAGAUUCCGGGGUGUACGUCUGCAGAGCCAGUAACAAGCUGGGGGAGGCGGCGUGCUCGGCCAAACUCAACGUGACCCACUGA